CUAAGAAAUUUAAAAAUAAACGAGGAGAUAUUAUAUAUUCAGCUCUAAACUAUUACUUAAAUUAGCAAUUUCUGAUUUCAUAAGUCUAAUUAUGCUGAAUAAAGGCAAAAUGUAUUCUACCUUCAACAAAAGUGUUUUAUGCGCCGUAUUUGUAUUUCUGUCAGCAGCAUAUGGGAGCCCACUGUCGAGGAUGAGACGCUCAUCGACGUCGUCUGGCCAACAAGACGGGCCUUUCAGCAGGUGCUCCAACACAUCGUCAUUAACUUAUCCACAACUGUAUUAUCCUGCGACAAAUACUGUGCCUGUGCACGCGUUUGAUACGGGUCUACUUUCUCAGACUAACUACAAUACGGAGAGCGAGAUCCCACACAAGGAAUGUCCGUACGACAAGGUGCCAACCGACUAUAGUUUAUCUGAGUCUGGUCUUUGUCCGUUUGACUUUUAUGAAGACUACCAAGCUGAUCGUAUUCCAGCCAAAAUCAUGAAAGCAAGGUGCCGACCCACCUGUACCACCUGCAUCGACCCUUUCUCCAACGCUCAGACGUCGACGUUGGGAUGUAAAGAAGUCAUGUACACAAUGAAAGCCAUGAGGAAAGUUGGCUGUGAGGGAAGUAUGUUCCAAUUUGAACAGUACGAUGAAAUCAUUCCUGUUGCCUGUAUUUGCCAAAGAACCGUGAGACCGUCGACCAACCCGGGUCCAGGUGGCCUACCACCAAAUUAAACGAUCGUCUACGUCUGUCCAUUGUGGAGGUAUUUCAUUAAUGAGAGAUAUGUAUGAGUAUAGCUGAAACCGAAACCUUGAUUAUACAGAUUAUAUUUAUAUGCAUAGUAUUUAUUUAAAUGUACAUACAUAAAUGUCAUUUCUUUACUUCCUUUUUUAACUGACGAUACGUGGUAUAGUGUGUGUUAAAUUAAACUGUGUUUUAAUAUUUUUAGAAUAUGAAAAAAUAAGUAUUAAAUAAAUAAGUAUUUAAUUAAUAAUUAAUAAUUAUAAUUACAUUAAAUCUUAAAACUGCAUUCAUUUUAGAACGCCAGUAAACCUAAUUUAUAUUAUAUUUAUAUUGACUUAUUUAUAUGUAUAUUGACGAUAGUUCAAUUGCGGAUAUAUCCGUAUUGUAUAUAUUAUUAUGGCUCAGAAAGAGCCGAAGCUGAUGGGAUGCCUGUGUAGCACGUGUCAAGUGAUAACGCGUAAUAUGUUCAUGUGCAUUUUUACACAUGAUUAUUAACGCACCUAAUCCCUAUCGGGACAUACUCGCUGUUGUAAGCAGCUUGAACAUUUUUUCAAGUAUCUACUAUGUAGAGAAUGAAUUUAUAGGUAACACAUGACCAUGUGGUCGAAGUGUGCCACCCCCCCCUUUUUUUUUUAACUAGAUAAGCAAAAAUUGUAACAAUUUUAUAUCAUAUAUAUUAUAAUAUACAAUAUCUUUUAUAUUUUAAAUUUAUUAUUUAUUCUUCUUUUAGGAAUGAUCUGAAAUUGUACAUAAUUAAUAAUACAAAGUAUAGACAAUAAUAGAUGCAGUUACAGUAGGACUAUAUUUAAACUUAGGCCUGAUGUUUUAGAGUUAAGACUAGCUUACGAAUUAUACCAAAUGCAUUUUACAGUAUAAUUAUUUCAUAUUUUCGAAUUUA